AUGGAUACGGGCAGCCCCAGUCGCAAGGGCGACGACAAUCGCAAAACGGCAAGGCUGGGCGACGGUGAGCGCCCGAGCUUCGAGCUCUCAGACUCGGGCAGCAGCCAGAAGAUCUCGAGCUUCGAUGGGAGCGGCGACCUGAUUAAAGAUCACUAUGUGGUCGAAAAGGGGGAAAAGGGUGAGGAAGUUAAGAAACAACCCGAGGAAGGCACGAGUGUGCAGACGCAAGUGUUCCGCUCGGAGCAGGAGGACGGCAGCGUCGUGACCACGACUGUGCGAACCACGAGGACGACGACGCGCUCCAGUUCGGGGGACUUUGUCACGACCACCGAGGUGCAAACUACUACGGAGACGGAAACUAAGGACGGCGCGAAGAGCACGUCAGUCGCUAUGGAGACUAGAACGGAGACAGUGACCGGUCAAGUCGCCAUCAUUACGGAUAGCAACAGCGAGACCGGAAACGACGUGCAGACGCAAGUAUUUCGUGCCGUGGAGGACGACGGGAGCGUCGUGACUAAGACCGUGCGCACUACCAGACGAACUGUGAUGAUGGACGGCGUUGCAACAACGACAGUCGAGGUGGAGACUACCACGGAGACGGAAACCAAGGGUGGUGCCAAGAGUACCAGCGCGUCUACGGAGACUCGAACGGAGGCAGGCAAUUACCGCCCUGCUCCGGCUACUGAAGAAAUGGUUUCGCUCCAUGAGCUGGCGGCGGGGAAUGAGCACCGGUCGUUUGUGUUUGGGAAGAAGCGCAAGUGCCACAAGCAGUGGCACCCGCAGUUUAUAGCGUACCUGAACCACCAUGGCAAGCGGGUGGAAACCCUCUCGCCGACAGAUCUGCUGCAGUAUGCGCGUGCUUUUUGUCACGAGAACUUUGCCGAGUUCCACCCGGAGCUUUUCAAUGGCGAAGCAACUGAGGAGAGUAAGGCGUGCUGGCAAGUGGUGACUCAACUUGCGGCUCACUAUCCCUUAGUGGCUGUGCAAUCGCUUGCGUUGGCUUUUGGCAAGAAGAAUGUGCUUAUUCUGGACGAAAUGGCGCAAGGCUUUGAUAGCGAGAACCGCUUACGCAAGGAAGUUGCAGUUUCCAUGCUUGGACGCUCGAGACCGGAAACCUGUCAAGUAUUUGACGAUCUUCUUGUUCUUAACAGUGGAGAAGUGGUGUACCACGGAGCCGGCGAAGAAAUUUUAAAGUACUUCAAUGACAUGGGCUAUCAAUGCGCUCCGGGCCAACAAGUUGCGCAGUUUCUGCUGCAUAUGGCUAGUGAACAAGAAGACCGUUACCGAGUCAUGAUACCGCUGGAGGUACAGCACCAAUCUCCAACUUAUCCUCCAUAG